UUCAGCGAAGGGCGAUAACUUUCAGUUACCUUAGUUGUAGUCGACGUUGAAAAUACGGGUGUAUUUGUUGACAAAGUGACUGAGAUAUAAGGUUUUUCAUAUAAGAGAGAUUUGUGCAGUUAAUUACAUAUCUCUUUCUUCAUAACAAGUGUUCUCAGAAAUCAAAUUCAAUUCUGAAUCAAGUGAAAGACGAGCCGACAUUUUGUUUUGUUUACGCCAGUGUACUAUUAUACCCUCGGUACCUAAUUUCCUUGCUUAGUCAGUGCGUGUAUUUUCAAGGCGAAGAUGAACUCUGCGUCAGUCUGCACAAAUGACGAGCUCCCGGAGGAUCUGCUACGGCGUUCCAUGUCCACGCCCCUCCCUUGUCUGUCAGAUGAGGAGGAUGAAGACGGGGAGAAGCCCUCCAGCCCCUGGGUGAAGGCAAUGGGAGGGACAGGGGACAUUGGGGUGGCACCUGUCUCGGGGACCUGUGAAUUAAGCGAGGAAGAGGACUCGGAAGCUCUCGGUGACCAAUGGCCAGAGGACCACGACGAGACCGACUCCUGUCUGGCAAGCCCCCUGCUUUCAUCUUUACACUCAGUAUCCUACUCGGACGUCGACUCUACAAACUCCCAGCUGUGUACUGACCAAGACGCUACCAUCCCCUUCCACUGGGCCUGGGUAGUGGCGGACUUGGUGUAUGAGCGGUACGGCGAGAGGAUGAGGAGGUUGAGAAACAACAUAGAAGACCACCUCACCAAGUUCAGAUCACACACCACCUUCAGGUCACCUCUGAUGUGUCAACAGGAUGCAUUUCCAGACGAAGAUGUGUCACUUUUGUCUUGUCUCAUGAAUAACUAACGUCUGCAGUCAACGUUUUCCUUUCAAUUGGCACUUCUCUGAAAAGUUUGAACCCUGUAUGUUGCCGCGGAAUAAAAUAGUUCUUGUUUUAA